AUGACAUGUCUCUUCAGUCACAUGAUCCCAGAGGAGAAUAAUUCAAAUAAAUAGUCUGAGCUCCACAGUCCCUCUCGUAUUCAGCAAGACUUUUAAGAGGGCUAAACAAGUAAAAUGAAGUCCUUGCUGGUUGCUCUGGCCCUCUUUCUGCCCAUCAUAAAUGCCCAGGUGCCACACUGGGGGCCGUGCCCAGAGCCUGCUACUCAACCUGCCUUCAACCUAAAGAAGUUUAUGGGUAGGUGGUUUGAGAUCGCUAAACUUCCUGCACAGUUUGAGCGAGGGAGAUGCAUUGAGACUAACUUCACUCUCAAGCUGGAUGGAACGGCUCAUGUAGCGAGCUCGGAAAUUCUAAAAGGAGAGUUAAAAACAAUUUCUGGGACAGCUGUGGUGGAAGAUAAAAGAAAUCCAGCGAAGCUUGGAAUCAGUUUCUCUUAUGUUUUGCCCUACACUCCAUACUGGAUUUUGUCCACUGACUAUGAGAACUCAGCGCUGGUGUAUUCAUGCACUGAUGUCUUGAGACUGUUCCACGUGGACUUCGCUUGGAUUCUGGGCCGCACCCGAUCCCUGCCUGCUGCCACCAUCGACCACGGAAAAGAGGUUUUUACCAACAACAACAUCGAUGUGAGUCGGAUGAUACUAAGCAGACAGCAGGGAUGUGACAAAGACCUUUGAAUGACUGGAAAAUCCUGUUUUGUGUUGAACACAGUGUGGACUACAGAAAUAGUAUACUAUUCCUUAAAAAAAUACUGCUCGGUUUAUAAACAUUCUUAUUUAAUUAAACGGCCAUGGAGUCUUGAACUUAUUACAUUAUUUUUCCAAGUAUGUUAACCAGAAAUGUAAUCCAUCUUCUUUGGGAGUUCUUGUACAGAAUUGGAAGCACAGGUUUCCAAUUGAUCAAAAUAAAUUAAGAGCACUAACCAAAACCAUGUGAACUUGGUUGGCUUCAUUCUCAGUGACCGACUGUUGUACAUUUAGCACCUCCUUGUGUUCAUAAAGAAAUAAAAAACAUAAACAUGAAAUAA